AUGUCAUUCCUAGUUUGGUUUGAAAUAAUAGCAGCAUGCAUAACUUAUGGUUUGGGUUUUAUUGGUAAUAUACUAUCAUUAAUUAUAUUCUUUUCACAAGAAGAAUUUCGACAUGUUUCAACUGGUGUAUUAUUUAUUCUUAUGACUUUAUCAAAUAAUAUUCAUUUAUGGACAUUAAUAACAGAAUUUCUUGCUGUAUUUAAUAUUUAUGUUUAUUCAGGUGUAGUUUUACGAUGUCGAUUAAAUUAUUUUAUACAAAAUCUUAGUCGAACAAUGAGUACUUAUUUAGCUGUUACUAUUACGUUAGAUCGAUUAAUUCGUUCAGAAUUACCAAUGCGUUCAAGAAUAAUUUGUACACGUCAAAAUGCUCUUAAAUUAACUGUAGUUUAUUUAAUUAUUUUUUCUAUUCUUUAUUCAUUUUGGUUUUGUCCAAUGAUUACAUUAAAUCCUAUAACGAACACAUGUUAUAGUGGUCAAUCACCAAUAUUUAGUGAUUUUAUUAGUAAUAUUUAUUUACCAGUUCGAUUAAUUAUUGUUUGUAUUAUUCCAGUUAUUAUUAUGAGUUUAGCAAAUAUUCGUAUGUUAUUUAAUAUACGACAAUCUCGUCGACGUGUUGAUCCAAGAAAUCAAAUCGAUAAUACAAAUAUUCCUGCAGUAAGUACUAGUAUAAUAACAAAUGGACGAAUGACACCAAUUGAUCGAAUGUUAUUUUAUAUGAUGUUAAUUAGUGUUGGUACAUUUGUUGUAACACAAAUUCCAUUUAAUAUUUAUUCACUCAUACGAGCUAAUUAUGAAACAUUAGAUAUGUAUACUCAUUUAUUGGUUCGUGCAAUACUUUUAAUUUGGUCAAGUAUUUAUUUUGGUAUUGGAUUUUAUUUAUAUUGUUUGGCAUCACCACUUUUUCGUGAAAAAUUCAUUCGUGUGACUAAAAAACUAAUUACUUUUAUAUGUAGACUUCGUCCAGCAUGA